AUGGCGAAAGUGGGCGCUUCUGGAACCGAUCUCGCGGAAUUGGCCGAGCACCUGGUCAAGAACGGCACUCGCAAGGUACUUGGGACGUCACGGAGAGUCCGGGUUGUGUUUAAUCGCAAAAUAAUUGUCGAUACGACAGCUGCAACCUUGGUUUGGGAACAUGAUUACUUUCCGCAAUACUACGUUCCGUUGAAGGAUCUGCAGGGCGACCUCAAGGAAACGCAGAAAAUCCAGAUUGAUGGACACACAAAGGCUUCGGUAGCCACACUCACAGUUGCAGCAGGGGAGGGUGAAGCCGAUACCGCUACAACAGACCGCGUUGUUUGCUUUGAAGGGAUCGGAAGCUUGGACUCUGCAACGCAAAUGGUCCGUCUUGAGUUCGGCAGUAUGGAUAAAUGGCUUGAAGAAGAUCAGCCUAUCUACGUCCACGCCAAGGACCCUUUCAAGCGCAUCGACAUUUUGCCGUCGCAGCGACCAAUUGAGGUCAAGGUGUCAGGGCAGACCGUUGCCAAGUCCAAUUUUGCAAUGCACCUAUUCGAAACUGGGCUGCCCACGAGAUAUUAUCUCCCUCUCUCAGCUGUGGACCAAUCUGUCCUUCGCAAGAGCCAGCUGGUCACCAAGUGCCCCUACAAAGGUGAAGCAGAAUACUACCACAUUGUUAUAAAUGGAAAUGAGCAGCAGAACCUUGUCUGGUAUUAUCGACUACCGACACACGAGAGUGCGGCUGUUGCUGGGAUGGUGUGCUUCUAUAACGAGAAGGUCGAUAUAAGUCUAGAUGGAGAGCCUUUAGAGCGUCCCAAGACAAUAUUCGGCUGA